GGAAGCAGCUCUGUCUCUGUCUCUGCCCUUUGAAAUAUAAGGGUAUUCCUUUUCUCUCUUCAGCCCCCACCCAGUGAAGGCCCGGCUUGGGACAUUCUUCACUUCCCUUCGCUUCCCCUCUGGGAGCUCCUUUCGCCGUCCCUGCACCUUGCUUCGGGCAAUGCCCGAGAGGGAGCUCUGGCCAGCAGGGCCUGGCUCGGAACCUGUGACCCGUGUCAGCAGCUGCGACAGCAUGAUGAGCAUCACCUCCACCCGCUCUGGAUCUAGUGACAGCAGCUACGACUUCCUGUCUGCUGAAGAGAAGGAGUGUCUGCUCUUCCUGGAGGAGACCAUAGGCUCAUUGGACACUGAGGCUGACAGUGGACUGUUCACUGACGAGUCUGAGCAAGGUACAGCUCCUCGAGGUCCCCGAGCACUGUCCAUAACCCAGGCUGCUCCCCAGGGACAUUCAGAGGAGACGACCAUUCAGCAAGGACCACAGCCAAGGAGAGUAACUCAGUCCGGCUCACCCUAUCCACCUGAGCCGCGAGGCCUGGGCCUCAGGUCUGGCUCCUACAGCCUCCCCAGAAAUAUCCACAUUGGCAGGAACCAGAACCUCAGGAGAAGAACCACCCAGACUAAUAGCCACAUCCCAGGGGAAUCUGAGGGACUUGUCCCAGAGCCUGAGAAAGAGCAGGUCAGCCGAAGCAGUGAGCCUCGCCGGGCUCUGGCCGGCCCCCGGGAGGCUGCCGUUGAUCUGGACCCAGCGCUCAUCCCCCCACCGGAGGCUUUCCGGGACACCCAGCCCAAGCAGUGUGGGGACGACAGCUUGCCCAAAGGGCCAGGGGAGCAGAGCCACACGCCCCAGCUCCACACGUCACUCAGCCCCCAGGAGAGAAAGGAGACUUCUUCAGAGGCCAUGUCCCAAAAAGCCAAUGAGAAAGGCUCAAUGAUGGGACCAGGACAACCUCAGCCUCCUCCUGCUAAGUUGUCUCAGAAUAUGAGAGUUGAAAAUGCUCCCAUCCCAUCAGGAGGGGAUCCAAAUGCCCAACUGGCUCCCCUCACAGCCCCUAAGCCCCGGAAGCUGCCACCUAAUAUUGUUCUGAAGAGCAGCCGAAGCAGUUUCCACAGUGAUCCCCAGAACUGGCUGUCCCGCCACUCUGAGGCUGCCCCUGGAGAGUCCAACCUGGUCUCCUCUUCACUGCAGGAGCAGAGGAAAGCCCGCAGAGAGGCGCUGGAAAAGCUGGGGCUACCCCAGGACCAAGAUGAGCCCAGCCCGCACUUAAGUAAGCCCACCAGCUCCAUCAGACCCAAGGAGACUCGCGCGCUGCCCCCUGUCCCAGCUCCAGUUCCAGCUCAGGUCUCUGCAGCUGUGCUGGCUGCAGGAAAGGCUCCAGCUCCUGCUCCAACUCAAGGACUUUCUCCAGUGAAGGCUCCAGCUCCAGCUCCGGCUCUAGCUCAGGGAUCUUCUUCAGGCAAGGUUUUGAUUCCUGCCCAGGAACCCACUCCAGGGAAGGUUCCAGCUGCCAAAUCCGUGCCAGUUCCUAUCCCUAAGGCCCCAAGGGUAAAUAGUCCCCUAAUUCAGCCAAAGCCAGACUCAGGGCUGACUCUCCAGGAAAGCAACAUCCCUGGCCUGAGACAGAUGAACUUCAAGUCCAACACUCUGGAGCGUUCAGGCGUGGGGCUGAGCAGUUACCUCUCGGCCAACAAAGAUCCCAGCCCCCAAACUAGCACCUCUCUGGGAAAAGGCUCCUUCCUGGACAAGAUCUCGCCCAAUGUCUUACGUAAUUCCCGGCCCCGCCCUGCCUCCUUGGGCACGGGGAAGGACUUUGCAGUUAUCCAGGUGGGAAAGUUGGCCGACCUGGAGCAGAAGCAGAGCUCCAAAGGCCUGUCCUACCAAGGACAGAGCCGUGACAAGCUGCCUCGACCCCCCUGUGUCAGUGUCAAGAUCUCCCCAAAAGGCAUCGCUGAUGAACAUAGAAGGGAGGCUCUGAAGAAGCUGGGACUGUUGAAGGAGUAGGCACUGGCUCCAGCACCACCAUCGCCACCUCCUCUGCCCCCCUCACACAAGAAGAGACUCAGGGCUCCACUCGGGAGCCUUUCCCACCUCACAACUCAGGGCUUGGGUAGGGGUAGGCUUUUCUCCGAUGCUCUCUUCUCUCUGAGGUGAAGGGGAGGGAGAGAUUUGAGUCCAAGCAUACAUUUAUAUUUAGAGUGGUUGUGCCAGUGAGUGCCUGCAUGAAUCAUCCUGAAGAUGAUUUCCACAAGAGGGUGUGUGUGUGUGUGUGUGUGUGUGUGUGUGUGUGUACUAUAGGCUGUAUCUGUCACCAAAGCUAUUUAUAUGACACAAGGAGUCAUUGCUCAGAGUUCUGCUCUUGUUGGAGAUUUUCUUACAUUGUGCCGAGUUCAGCCUUGCCGAAACUGAGUGGAGAGCAGUGACUAAGCCUGAGAGAAAAGGUCAAAUGAGACAAUGGGUGUGUCGGAGACAUUAGGCAAAUGCAGAAUCACAUGAAAUGUGGGUCUCCCAGGACACCUGCAAUGGAUGGAGACUGGCCCAUAGUGGAUCUCUCUCUCAGUUCUGGCCUUGUGGACAGGGCCUGGGGCCAAGAGGAGUUGGUUUGUUAUCUCUCCCCCACUGUCUUCUCACUGUCCCCAGUCCCAAGGAUAGGACACUUUCCUAUAACUAAAACUCUAGGUUGACUGAGAGCAGAAGAGCUCUUGUUGGUCUGAGAAGGCGGGAUAAGGGACCAAACGGCACACCUCCACUGGGGAGGGUCCUUGUCCGUGGGCUUGAUAAAUUCAAUAAUACACCGUGUGGUGGUCCCUGACUCUUAUAUUCCUGUUCUUCCGGCUCCCUAUCUCAGUCUGCACAGGACUGACCCCAGGGCUGGGCCAACGCUGAGAUGGGAGGCCAAACCUGAGGCUUUAUAAAUACCAAAGGACUGUUUCAGGCCAUGUCCACACUACUGCAAGUUUUUUUAAUUUCCUCAAUGCCUAUGAGACAUCAACAUAAUGCAUUCUCUGCUAGUUAUUCAUAGAAUAUCAGAGUUGGGAGGGACCUUAGAGACGCUCCUAUCCAACCCUAUCCGACUGGGGAUGGGAAGUGACUCGUUGUGGUCACUCUGCUGUAUAGUAACAAAGCUGGGGCUCCUGGUUCCCAUUCUGUGCUGCACACUGCCUCCCCUCAAGCCACACUUUUGCAUGUCCACACAGCACCCUAAGGAUCAUAGUCACUAUCAAAGGCUCAGCCUUAAGGCCCUUCGAGAUCCUAAAGUGUCUUCUGAAAUAUCAGAGAUUAAAUGUUGUUCAGGAUCAUGUUUAGUGUUGUGGUUUUUUUAAUUUUAUCUUUGAAAAGUAGUAAUAUAGUAACUCAUUAUUAACCCCAAAUUCCCUGAUCAAGUUAUGCAACUUGAGAAAAUGCCAGAAGAGGGUAAUAUAGGUAGGUGGUGUGGGCUUGUGAGUACAAGCUUGGAGAUCAGACAUGGCUAUACAUGACCCCUGCGUCCCCUUAGGAAAUAAAUGUGAUUCAUGCCUGUGACCUGGUUGGAGUCCAAGAUCCCCAGAUGUGAGGGGCAGAUAAAAGGAACCAUUGUUGGCAAGGUGCCCUUUAGGUCUGCUGAGCAUUUCUGGGCUGUGGUCUUAGGGACCCAGCACCGUCAAAGCUCAGUCUUUCAGAAAAUGAUGAGAUGGUUAAGGUAAGGACAACAAAUGGCUCCACCCUGAUAUGGUAUGUGGGGUGUGGGUGUGACAGUUUCUAUGCACACUCUCACACGCACCCCGAAUGCCUGGGGCCUUAUUCCUGGCCCUGGGAGAAGACAUGCUCUGUCACAGCUGACAGGGACUCCUACAAUGGGCCAAGCCACAUCUUAUCACAGACUCCCCAGAAGACGGAAGGCCCCCUCCUGGAGGACUGAUUCGACACACUGUAUUUGGUUGAACUUCAUAUGUAUGUUUCAAGACACAACAUGAGGAACAAUCACUUGAUUUUUUAUUAAUUGCCCUGAUAAAGAAGGAAACUUGGGGCUAGCUGUAGUAAGACUUGGUAGGGGUCUGGGGCCCUGGCAUCAACACAAGGCCGACCAACAUGGCGUAAAUUUCACUUUUCUCUGAGACAAAACAGUUACAUCCAGCCUGCCCUCCUGCUCUGCAUCCUCAUCCUAGUGGCAUGCCCAUUUCUCCAAUUCUCCUAAUUUGAGAGGCUCUCUUCCCUUGUUACUUAAAGAUACCAUGCUUCCCCAUGUCCUCACCCUUCAAAGAGCAUGUUUUUCUCUAAGGAUGGUCUUUGGGAUUCAAGAAUCGGAUAAUAAAUCCAAACCCAGUUAUCCCCAUUUUGAAGAGGGGUAAGGGGACCUAGUGAGGACAUCCCCAUCCUGAACUUUAUCUGUCCUCUCGUAUCCAUAUAGAAUUGCUCUUCAUUCAGCUUAGACUGAUCAGGUGGAAGAUGAGAGUGGGGUCAGGGUUGUUCUCACCCCUUUUUGAAGGAUUUUGGGUGGAAGUUUGUAAAAGCCAUUCAUUUUAUUUUAAAAUGCCAAGUAGCAAUUCUCCCUCCACGUGGCCUUGUAUCUCUGCUUUACCUGCUGCAGUCUCACUGCUGCUGGGAGCAAACCAUGCGCCUGGCCUCUGCUCAGACUAGCACAGUGGGUCUGUGCUCUCAGAUGUGUUGGCAGCUGCUCCUCUGAAUCACCACUCAUGUGCUACCUGGGAGUUCUGCACUCCAACGCGGUGGGGCAGGCCCCCCUGCUAGCCUACGCAGAGGCCAGGGGAUGGGCCCAGGCACCUCUCAGGUGCCUCCUUACAUAGUGGGAAGUGUGGUCCAGCAGAGACCACCUUGUAACCUGGGGGUGGGCAGGUGUGCAAAAGUUGAUGUUUAUUCCAUGGAAGGCAGGGCAAGUGAAAGAACAGAGAGCAGGCCCUUUGUGAUGUUAUGAGUUAGAGCUGGAGGUGAAGAUUUAAGAGCCUACAAUGUGUGUAAGCAUGUGAGAUGAACCACUCCAACCCUUGAUCCAUGAUCGUACAUGUAGGAAGAAAAGGAUCGUACUGUCAGAAUAUGAAGCUGUAGGCUCAUAGAUUAGAGGAGGUGGGGACCAGGGGGAUGAGCAGGAGAAAUCCUGUCCAUCUCAGUCAGAAUCUAGGGAGGAAUGCAGCUAAAAUGCUCCCAAGCUCCUUUCCUUCACGGGAGUAACUAUGGAGCAUAACAGAUCUGGGCUUAGUUCGAACUCGAUCACUUACAAUCAGGGAACCUGGAACUCGAACUUUCUGAACCUCAGAGUUCUCAUCUGUAUAAUGGAGAUAAGACCAUCCUUUCAAGAUCUGGGGAUAAAUGAGUGAUAUAAAUAUGUAAAGCUCAGUGCUUGACACAGUGUAGAUACUCAAUAAAUGAUAGUAUUGUCUUCUGGGUCU